GAUGAAGAGAGGGAGGGUUAUUUCUCCAGAGGAAAGAGGAGGUGAAGGAGCGCGCGGCGCGGACAGACCUGACCAGUAGAACUGACACGGUGACCCGGAGCUGCAGGUGGUCUCGUGCCAAACGCGGUUUAAUCGCAGUCAGACAUUUGUCCCGGGACAGGACUUGGCUGGAAGUUUUCCCUUCGGUCCGCAGAUCAGAGACAUGAACCCGUCCGGCUCUCUGACAGCCGCUGCCGGAAGGACCAGAUGAUGAUAAUGAGGAUGAUGAUGAUGAUGAUGAUGAAGGUGCUUCUCCCGCUCCACGCGCUCCACCCGCGACCCGAGCCAGUCUAAGAUGCCACCGGGCCCCGGCGCUCGGCACGCGGCUCGAAUCGAGAGUAACCCGGGAUAACUUAACACAAGGACACCACAGAAGGCAGAGCUCGGGGAGCCACCCCGGCCGGAACGAGCCGGGAGGGAGAACCCGGGAUCAGCGAGCGGUGCGCCGCGGAGCAGAGGCGCACAGAGGCGCGUAAAGAGCCGCAGAGAGAGGAGCGCUACAGAGAGGUCCGCAGUGAUGCUGGUCCCGCGGCUCCCGGUCCUGUCCGCGCUCCUCCUCCUGCUGCUGGCCACGGGACGCUGCACCGCGGCGGCUUUCCUCAGAGGCUCCGGCGCCCGGGCGGACGGGCGCCUGGACAGCCGCAGCAUGCUGGAGCUGGUCGGGCGGCACCCGAGGACGAGGACGGAGGCGGCGGGACUCAGCGGGCACGGUGUUAAAACCCCGGAGAGAGUGAGCAGGUCCCACCACGGACUCGAGGGCCAUCCCAGAGAUCCACGACACAAGGAUAAGUUCAUCAAACACCUGACAGGUCCUCUUUACUUCAACCCAAAGUGCAGAAAACAUUUCAACAGACUGUACCACAACACCAGGGACUGCACCGUACCUGCCUAUUAUAAAAGAUGUGCCCGUCUGCUGACUCAACUGGCCAACAGCCCUCGCUGUACAGAGAGAUAAACAGACUGACACGCCUCUGCACAGGCAUUGUUACCGUGACAAUGAGGAGGGCGGGCAUCCUAAUGAGGUUCAUUUACUAAUGAGCAGCAGAAGUUCUCCAGACCGUGGAAACUCCUCUGAGAUCACCUCCUGCAGCCAGUGAGCUCAGCUGACUUCGAUCCACAGCCAGUGAUCACAGCACACUGUUUUCUAUUCUGUUCUGUUCCUCAUGGUUUUCCUCCAGGUUCUACUUUUCUCUAUUCAACUCAAUUCUACUUUCCACUAUUUGACUCAGCUCAGCUUUUUUUGAUAGCUGACAACACGUGACGCGUUUUUCCUGCUGUGCACGAGAGGUGGAAACUGUAACACCGUUCAUCACAGCAUGAAGUUCAGCUCUGAUUCUGAAGUGUUAGGGUCGGUUCAGUACAAAACUAAGCCUCAAUAAGUUCUGUUUUAAGGCUAACAGCUCAGCAGCCGACUGCUUAGGAGUUUUCGUCUCUGUCUUUUAAUAAGGUUUUAACUUAGUGUUUCACAGUCACCAGUAAGAUGAGCUUGUUACUGAUCAGCUGAUUAUUUCCUCAUCCAGCUGUUCUAACAGUGUGAUGUUUAGCUCUGGUUUGGUCUCCACCAGCUCCUGAGGGAAGUAUCUGGCUCUUUAGCUGCUAAAUGCUCCACUAUGUUCAACACUGCUCAUUUCUCUUCUGCUCCACUGAUCUCAUCUCACUUCUACUUGACUCUAUUCUUCUUCAACGUCCUCUGCUACGCAUCAGCAUCUACUUUACUGUGCCUCUAAAUCCAGUCGACACAACCAGACUCACCUCAGCUGUGUUCUGCUGUAUUCUACCGGACUGACAGGAAACUGACCUCCAGCCUCUCACAUUCAGUCUAAGCAAAAAAACGGAUUUCUAUUUUUCUGAAGUGAACGUUCUUCUGGGUGAUGAUUCUACUGGUUUCUAAUGGAGUUGCAGGAUGUUUUUUUGUGGACAACAAUGAGCUGAAACGAGGUGGAUCACUGCUCUGAAACCAAGAAAAAUGUCAGCUCCGAUUUGAAACUUAAGGCUCGUCUCAACAGCAAACUAUUUCCUGCUCUCAAAAACUUGAGGAGUGUCUUCUUCCUGCUCGUGCAGGACAACAGUGUUUUGGCUUUUAUGUUAUUUUGGACGAUGGACGCCUAAAUAAUAUUUUAUCUUCCGUUCAAAGCUGUAGAGGAACGAACAAACAAAUCCUCUGAUUGGACCACAGCUUUUGUUCCGUCGCCCUGUGUGACAGAACCAGAGAUGCUGAAUGUGUGUUACAUGAUGCAUAAUCGUGAUAAUAUUCCAGUGUAUUUAUAAUGUUGAAGCUGCGUCACGUGUGCAGAACAGAGCUACCUGCAGCCCUGUGUGCAAUAUGUACAUACUGAAAGAGGAAUAAAGACACAUUUGAUAUAUAUUUUUUCCAAAUUAAAGCUUUAAGGGUUCAGCUUUUAAAGGGUUUCUUCAGUCCUGUUUUAGUUUGAAUUAAUCCUGAGUUCACAGCUAAUUAGUCUUCGCUUUGUUCAUGUGAUUUUUUUUACAGUGUGUCAUUGGUCAGAUGUAAGCCAGAGACGGAGAAACGUGGAUGUGAUCAGAGACAAGCUAAUAGUGCCGGUGUUUGUCAGCUGCUGUUGGAGGAGCUGUCUGUCUCUGACAGGGUGAACCACAUAGCUGCACUGUUGACUUUGGCUGCUGCUGCGCAGUUUCAUGUUUAAAGUGAAUAUUUCCUCUGUGCUAUGAAGAAAAGAAGCUUGUCACAGAGCCAAUCAGAUUUCUUCAACCUCACACACACACACACAAAUUCAAAGUGAAAAUUAAGAUGAUGAAAAAUCUGAAUUACAGAUGUAAAUGUGUUUUGAUAAGACUGUUGCUAUGGAAACCACUGUACUAAUAAUAGCCACGACAUAAUUACCCAGAAUUUCUUCAGCUAGUUAAUGAUCUGUCUGCCUGUCUGUCUUUGGAUUGAUGUGCCCAAAAUAUCGCUUACAGUCAUUUUAAUAGUAAUUAGGCAAACUGUCAGAUGCAUAAAAGGUGUGUGUGUGUGUGUGUGUGUUUGCAGUCCGACCAGCUCUGCUGCAGUUUUGGCAACAUCUCACAUUCAUCAUAUUACACACACACUCACUCACACACACACUCACUCACUCACUCACACACAGCAGUAUUUGCAGCUCUGUUGUCUCUGCUUCGGCUCCUCUGGUGUGUUUGCCUCCUUCGUUUGAUUCAAAAGUCAUUCAAGCUCUGAACCAACAACCGGACCGAGACCACCGGGUUGGACCAUGGCUUAGAGAACACAGGGUGUUUUCUAACCCAUGGUCGGUUUGCUCUGAUCUGAAUCAGUAGAUUAGUUGAUAAACUUCCUGCAUUUUCCUGCUGGUUGUUUC